AAUCAUACCAGUUUGUCCUCUCCCUCGGAAACUCCGCUUGGGUCAGGUUCGCCGAUGGCGCGACCCAAGGUUAAUAGAUAAAUGCCAUGCGAAAAGCCAAUGUUCCAACCCCGCAUCGGAAAUGUUGCGAUGUUGCAAUGCUACUUGCUGGCUUGAAGCUUGUCCCGGUUAUUCUUAACCCUCGGUCUGAAGUCCGAUGCGGUUCGGGAAUAUACCUACUGUGUCUGGAAGUAGGUUUCCUUUCCCUUAAUAAGAAACCCACCUUCAAGCAUCUGAAGUAUCGAUCUCUUUUACACCCUCAUAUCCUCUUUCUCUUAUCUCUAACCUACAUUGAGUCUACCCUCCCUGCGGUGACAAUACAAUCAUGGUCUAUACUGCAUCUUUUGCCUUUUUCGAGGCUCUAUGGGAGGCCGGGGUCACCCAUGUCUUCGCCAAUCUAGGAUCCGAUCAUCCCUCCAUCUUGGAGGCCAUGGUCAAGGGCCAGAAAGAGAAGCCCGAUGAAUUCCCCAGAGUCAUCACCUGUCCCAAUGAGAUGGUAGCACUUUCCAUGGCCGAUGGUUAUGCUCGACUGACCGGCAAACCACAAUGCGUCAUUGUUCAUGUUGACGUCGGUACACAAGGACUAGCAGCAGCCGUACAUAAUGCCUCCUGUGGACGCGCCCCCGUUUUGAUCUUUGCUGGCCUCUCCCCUUUCACCAUCGAAGGGGAGAUGCGUGGCUCUCGCACAGAGUACAUCCACUGGAUUCAAGAUGUUCCGGAUCAGAAGCAGAUUGUUUCUCAAUAUUGCCGCUAUUCUGGUGAGAUCCGUUCUGGGAAAAAUGUAAAACAAAUGGUCAAUCGCGCUCUUCAAUUUGCGAUGAGCGACCCCAAAGGCCCGGUAUACUUGGCUGGUGCUCGUGAGGUAAUGGAAGAGGAGAUCAAGCCAUAUAAAGUCAAUCAAAAUGUCUGGGGUGCUGUCGCACCUUCUGCAUUGCCGGCUGAGGGGGUUGAACUGAUUGCAUCGGAACUCGCCGCCGCCAAGGAACCUCUGGUGAUUGUAGGUUAUUCCGGUCGUGAGACCAGGGGAGUGGAAGAGCUCGUUAAACUGGCAGACACGUUCAAAGGAGUCCGGGUCCUGGACACUGGUGGAUGUGACAUGUGCUUUCCUGGCGACCACCCAGCGUGGUUGGGGAUGCGAUUCGGAAUCCACGAGGCCAUCAAAACUGCAGAUGUGAUCCUUGUUGCUGACUGCGAUGUGCCAUGGAUUCCGACACAGUGCAAACCGUCUGAUUCCGCUAAGAUCAUUCAUGUAGAUGUUGAUCCACUCAAGCAACAAAUGCCGGUCUUCUAUCUCCCUUCCAUGGCUACCUUCCGUGCGGAAUCGGCAACAGCAUUUAAACAGAUCAAUGAGUACGUCGCCGCUACUAACUCACUAAAACAGACGCUUAACUCUGAAGAACAAACAUCUCUUGGUAAACGCCGUGAGGAGCAAUACAAGAAGAUCCGACAAGGAAUCACGGACCUUGCCGUUGUACCAUCGGGAGGUGGUAACGCAGAUCUUAACGUGUCUUAUCUGAUCAAUCAGAUCCGGGAGACUUGCCCGGCAGACACUAUCUGGGCUAUCGAGUCCGUAACUCUCACUACAUUUGUAGCUGAUCAAAUCGCUGCCACCUUGCCAAAGUCAUGGAUCAACUGUGGCGGGGGCGGGCUUGGCUGGUCCGGCGGGGGUGCACUUGGUAUCAAGUUGGCCACUGAUCAUGAAAACGGCGGUAGGAACAAGGGCAAGUUUGUCUGCCAGAUUGUGGGUGAUGGCACGUACCUCUUUUCUGUGCCGGGCUCCGUCUACUGGAUCUCGAGACGGUAUAACCUUCCUGUCUUAACGAUCGUCCUGAACAACAAGGGCUGGAACGCUCCUAGGCGGAGUAUGCUCCUCGUUCAUCCAGAAGGUGAUGGCUCGCGCGCGACUAACGAGGACCUCAACAUAUCAUUUGCCCCUACCCCGGAUUACCCAGGCAUUGCGAAGGCUGCUGCAGGGGGAGAGCUCUGGGCUGGCACUGCAACAACUGUUUCAGACCUUGCCAGGAUGCUUCCCGAGGCUAUCAAAGCCGUCCAGAAUGGAACCACCGCUGUCUUGGAGGCUCAGUUAGACGGCACAGUUGGCAAGCAUGUGAACAAGAACUGAUGCUUCCUGUUGGGAUAGAAUAGAGGGGAACGGGGUAUCCUAUCCACUGAUCUACUUUUUAUUCUAUAUUAACUGGAGAAUUAGCAUAGAAACUCGAUAUCUAAUUCUAGAUGAAUUUAUAGAACUUCGGUUCCUACUUUAUGAUGAUCAAUGGAUGAUCAAUGGUGCAUAGUGGGUA